CUGGUCCAGCUGGACUGUGAGCCAGAAACUCACCCAGGUCUCCCACGUGGGUGGCAGGAAUUCAGUUAAUAGGGUCAGCACUGCUGCUUCCCAGGAUCUAUAUCAUAAAGCUGGAGUCCGGUGCCAGAGCCCAGGAUUGAGCCCAGAUGCUCAGAUAUGGGACACAGGUGAUUGCAUUUUUUUGAAUAUUAUAAACAUACCAUGGAGGAUAACAAGACCAACUCAAGAAGAAUGGAAGGAGACAGGCUGGAAGCCUCAAACUUGCCACCAAAACUUAGUCAUUCUGAGGUGAUGAUGUCAGUGAUAGGUGAACCGCCUACUGCUAAGGACAAAGAAGAAGAAACAAGGAAAGAAAUAGGUGCAGAAAUCGUAGAGCAACUCUCUCUUCUUGAUGUGCUGAGGAUCUUAGCAGUCCUGGAAGAUACCACAGACCAGCUCUCUAUUCUAAACUAUAUCAUGCCAGUUCAGUUUGAAAGAAGGCAGAGCACCGUCGUGAAAGACACAAGUAGCCUGGAAAAAGCGAUGAUCACAACAGCUAUGAAAAUGUCUAGUCCAUCCCCACCUAAAGGACCCAAAUUGCCAGAAAUCAGACAAGGAGGCCAAUUUGCUGGAGAAUAUAACAAAACACAGGAUUUCAUCUUCAAAAAACCUACGUGGCAGACCAUAAUGACUAUGGAGACUCUGAAGAAAAUUCAGAAUGACAGGCGAUUUUUCAGUGAUAUCAUUACAAGUACCAUGCAGGAUUUGCAAGAUUCAGGCACUUUCCCCAGCCUCCUGCAAGCUUUGAGCAAAGAGAGGGAAAACAAAAAGCAUUUCUAUGAUGUCAUUGCCAGGGAGGAAAAAGGAAAAAAACAGAUAAAAUCUCUUCAAAAGCAGCUAGUGAAUGUCAAAGAAGAACGGCAAGCUGAAGCUCAGAAUCAGAAUGAAUAUAUUGCUCACCUCAAGGACCAAUUGCAGGAGAUGAAAGCCAAAACCAACCUAGAGAAUUGCUAUAUGAAAAAAAUUACUGAGCUGCAGAUCGCUCAGACCCAGAAAAAGGGUAAUAAGGCGGAGGAGCUCUUGCUGGAAGAGAUUGAGAAACUACGCGUGAAAAUGGAAGAAGAGAACCGGACUCACAUGGAGAUUGAAAUGUUCCUUAGAAAGGAGCAGCAGAAACUUGAAGAGAAGCUGGAGUUCUGGAUGGAGAAGUUUGAUAAGGACACAGAGAUGAAACAGAAUGAACUAAAUGCUCUCAAGGCUGCGAAGGCCAGUGACUUAGCACACCUACAAGACCUUGCAAAGCUGAUAAGGGAGUAUGAACAGGUCAUCAUUGAAGAUCGUAUAGAAAAGGAGAAGACUAGGAAGAAGAUACAACAGGAUGACCUGGAGUUAAGGAGCAUCAUAAAGCUUCAGGCCUGGUGGCGCGGCACUGUGAUACGGAAGGAAAUUGGUGGCUUCAAACUGCCCAAGAAGGAGAAAGAUGAUAGCAAAGAUUCAAAAGGCAAAGGCAAAGGCAAAGACAAGGACAAGAGGAGAGGCAAGAAGUGACUGAGCCAUUUCUGUCCUUUCUCCUGGUGUUCCAGAGAUGGGAAGGGGUGCUUGGAGGGAGAAUGAUCUCAGCACCACAGGUAACUCAUCCAAGGUUAACCUGGACUCGGCGAGGGAAGGCUGCUGGUGGUUUCCCUUUGCCUAUUGCAUUAGUUUUCAAACCCUGAAUCAGGAGUGUACUGUUGACUUCAGGUGUCUUUAUAUUCUGAAUGUUGCCGGCAAGUAUUUCCAGUAGCCUUAUGAAGGUUCUUCCUGCUUUUUCACAAACAAAAACAGUUCAUAGGCUUUGUCACAGUGAUACGCUAACAAACACUUGGGUAAUUCUUGUAAUGUCUCAUUCUGACUUUAUCCAAAGUGUCUACAGGGAAACAACUCUUAUGAGCAAAACUGAGGUGUUCAGUAGGAAUUACAAGAUAACGUUUUUAAAGUGUCUCACGAAGUAUACACAUAGUAAAGUAGUAGUAAACAUUGGUUUUUGCUUGCCUUAGAUUUAUUACCAUUUUAGUGUUUUUACUGGGGGGCAGGUGGUAUAGAAUACAUAUCCUAUUAUAGGCUGCUUAUGUGAAUUUCCUGGGAAAUAGGUGAGGAUAAAAAUUAGGAAUUCAAGAUAGAAAUGAGAUGUUAGGACAUAAAUAUGGCCUACAAAUAGUAAAGAUGGCAACACGGCUUCUUCUGAAGGCUAGUUUGGAGAUAGUUUGGACAGUGAGACAUUAGGGUCUCUGUCUGCUCUGCUUACUCAACAAUUCCCACCUAAGGGGCAUGAAGGCUAAUAAUUAAGGUAUGUGAAAAGAAGCACCUGUGCCUGGCUGACUGUUAGAGCCCAUAAGGCCAGUCUUGCUCUCAUGAAUCCAAAUGGAAUGUCUUGGGAUGCUAAAGCUGUCCUGGUAGCAUAAUUGGGUAUUUCUGGGAGAAAAGUUAACCUUAAUGUGUCAUCUACGUUUCAUGAACUCCAAAUGCAGAGUAGUCUUGAUAUCUGCUCCCUUAAUAAAGUACAUUUUGAUUUCAAAGGCCUGUUUCACAGACCAGUUCCUUCUGGGAAUUCACUACCCCUCCAUAAUUCAUCUUAGCUGCAGUAACCAUACUAGAUGUAUGAAUACGUUCAAA